AUUCCGGAGCAGGCUGCUCUGACUCCGACCACAGGCUGUUUUGUGCAGGCUGUCCCUCUCCUUCAAAACCGUGCAUCCCCUCCCCGAAGCAGCAGGCAGAGUGCCUCCAUUCAGCCACAUUUGGUAUGCAUGAGCACGGCUGCAGGCAGAGGGGAGGUGGCUUUCUUAAGAAGGUUCAGGGGCUCAGGCAAUGCCACUUGACUAGUCUCCCAAGUUCCAGGAAGCCUCUGCCCUAAUGGAAUUUGCAGGUGUGGAGAUAACCAUGGGAUGCCAGAGCCGUGGGGGAUCGUUUAUUUUCUAGGCAUUGCUCAGGUCUGCAGUUUCUUGUUUUCCCGGUGGAAUUUGGAAGGGGUCAUGAAUCAGACUGAUGCUCCUCGACCCCUAAACUGGACCAUCCGGAAGCUGUGCCACGCAGCCUUUCUGCCAUCUGUCAGACUUCUCAAGGCUCAGAAAUCCUGGAUAGAAAGAGCGUUUUAUAAAAGAGAAUGUGUUCACAUCAUACCCAGCACCAAAGACCCCCAUAGGUGCUGCUGUGGGCGUCUGAUAGGCCAGCAUGUUGGUCUCACUCCCAGCAUCUCUGUGCUUCAGAAUGAGAAAAAUGAAAGUCGCCUCUCCCGCAAUGACAUCCAGUCUGAGAAGUGGUCCAUCAGCAAACAUACUCAACUCAGCCCAACAGAUGCUUUUGGGACCAUUGAGUUCCAAGGAGGCGGCCAUUCCAACAAAGCCAUGUAUGUGCGAGUAUCUUUCGAUACAAAACCUGAUCUCCUCCUACACCUGAUGACCAAGGAAUGGCAGUUGGAACUUCCCAAGCUUCUUAUCUCUGUCCAUGGGGGCCUGCAGAACUUUGAACUCCAACCAAAACUCAAGCAAGUCUUUGGGAAAGGGCUCAUCAAAGCAGCCAUGACAACUGGAGCAUGGAUAUUCACUGGAGGGGUUAACACAGGUGUUAUUCGUCACGUUGGAGACGCUUUGAAGGAUCACGCGUCUAAGUCUAGGGGGAAGAUAUGCACCAUAGGUAUUGCCCCCUGGGGAAUUGUGGAAAACCAGGAGGACCUGAUUGGAAGAGACGUAGUCCGGCCGUACCAGACCAUGUCCAAUCCCAUGAGCAAGCUCACUGUUCUCAACAGCAUGCAUUCCCAUUUCAUUUUGGCUGACAACGGGACCACUGGAAAAUAUGGAGCAGAGGUGAAACUGCGGAGGCAACUGGAAAAGCAUAUUUCACUCCAGAAAAUAAACACAAGAUGCCUGCCGUUUUUCUCUCUUGACUCCCGCUUGUUUUAUUCAUUUUGGGGUAGUUGCCAAUUAGACCCAAUUGGAAUCGGUCAAGGCGUUCCAGUGGUGGCACUCAUUGUGGAAGGAGGACCCAAUGUGAUCUCAAUUGUUCUGGAGUACCUUCGAGACACCCCUCCUGUGCCGGUUGUUGUCUGUGAUGGGAGUGGACGGGCAUCUGACAUCCUGGCAUUUGGGCAUAAAUAUUCAGAAGAAGGCGGACUUAUCAAUGAAUCUUUGAGGGACCAGCUAUUGGUGACGAUCCAGAAGACUUUCACAUACACCCGAACCCAAGCUCAGCAUCUGUUCAUCAUUCUCAUGGAGUGCAUGAAGAAGAAAGAAUUGAUUACGGUAUUUCGGAUGGGAUCAGAAGGACACCAGGACAUUGAUUUAGCUAUCCUGACAGCUUUACUCAAAGGAGCCAAUGCCUCGGCCCCAGACCAACUGAGCUUAGCUUUAGCCUGGAACAGAGUCGACAUCGCUCGCAGCCAGAUCUUUAUUUAUGGGCAACAGUGGCCGGUGGGGUCUCUGGAGCAAGCCAUGCUGGAUGCCUUAGUUUUGGAUAGAGUGGAUUUUGUGAAAUUACUCAUAGAGAAUGGAGUAAGCAUGCACCGUUUUCUCACCAUCUCCAGACUAGAGGAAUUGUACAAUACGAGACACGGGCCCUCAAACACAUUGUACCACUUGGUCAGGGACGUCAAAAAGCGAGAAUAUCCAGGUUUCGGUUGGAUCUAUUUUAAGGGGAACCUGCCCCCGGACUACAGAAUUAGCCUGAUUGACAUCGGCCUGGUGAUUGAGUACCUGAUGGGCGGGGCUUAUCGCUGCAACUACACGCGCAAGCGCUUCCGGACCCUCUACCACAACCUGUUCGGCCCCAAGAGGCCCAAAGCUUUGAAACUGCUGGGAAUGGAGGACGAUAUUCCCUUGAGGCGAGGAAGAAAAACAACUAAGAAGCGUGAAGAAGAGGUGGACAUUGACCUGGACGACCCUGAGAUCAAUCACUUCCCCUUCCCUUUCCAUGAGCUGAUGGUCUGGGCUGUCCUCAUGAAGCGGCAGAAGAUGGCCCUAUUCUUCUGGCAACAUGGCGAGGAGGCCAUGGCCAAGGCUCUGGUGGCCUGUAAGCUCUGCAAAGCCAUGGCUCACGAGGCCUCUGAGAAUGACAUGGUCGACGACGUUUCCCAGGAGCUGAAUCACAACUCCAAGGACUUUGGCCAGCUGGCGGUGGAGCUCUUGGACCAGUCCUACAAACAGGACGAACAGCUGGCCAUGAAACUGCUGACUUACGAGUUGAAGAACUGGAGCAACGCCACAUGCCUGCAGCUCGCGGUGGCAGCCAAGCACCGCGACUUCAUCGCACACACAUGCAGCCAGAUGCUGCUCACGGACAUGUGGAUGGGCCGGCUGCGCAUGCGCAAGAACUCAGGCCUCAAGGUAAUUCUGGGAAUUCUACUUCCUCCUUCAAUUCUCAGCUUGGAGUUCAAGAACAAAGACGACAUGCCCUAUAUGACUCAGGCCCAGGAAAUCCAUCUCCAAGAGAAGGAGCCAGAAGAACCAGAGAAGCCCACAAAAGAAAAAGAGGAAGAGGACAUGGAGCUGACAGCAAUGUUGGGACGAAACAAUGGGGAGUCCUCUAGGAAGAAAGAUGAAGAGGAAGUUCAGAGCAGGCACCGGUUAAUCCCCCUGGGCAGAAAAAUCUACGAAUUCUACAAUGCACCCAUCGUGAAGUUCUGGUUCUACACUCUGGCGUACAUCGGAUACCUCAUGCUCUUCAACUACAUCGUGCUGGUGAAGAUGGAGCGCUGGCCCUCCACCCAGGAAUGGAUCGUCAUCUCCUAUAUUUUCACACUGGGAAUAGAAAAGAUGAGAGAGAUUCUGAUGUCAGAACCAGGGAAACUGCUGCAGAAGGUGAAGGUGUGGCUGCAGGAGUACUGGAACGUCACAGACCUCAUAGCUAUCCUGCUGUUCUCUGUGGGGAUGAUCCUCCGUCUCCAAGACCAGCCCUUCAGGAGCGACGGCAGGGUCAUCUACUGCGUGAACAUCAUUUAUUGGUACAUCCGCCUGCUAGACAUCUUCGGCGUGAACAAGUAUUUGGGCCCAUAUGUAAUGAUGAUUGGAAAAAUGAUGAUAGAUAUGAUGUACUUUGUCAUCAUCAUGCUGGUGGUGCUGAUGAGCUUUGGGGUCGCCAGGCAAGCCAUCCUUUUUCCCAACGAGGAGCCAUCAUGGAAACUGGCCAAGAACAUCUUCUAUAUGCCGUAUUGGAUGAUUUAUGGGGAGGUGUUUGCAGACCAGAUAGACCCUCCCUGUGGACAGAAUGAGACCCGAGAGGACGGUAAAAUAAUCCAGCUGCCCCCUUGCAAGACGGGUGCGUGGAUCGUGCCGGCCAUCAUGGCCUGCUACCUGCUGGUGGCAAACAUUCUGCUCGUCAACCUGCUCAUUGCCGUCUUCAACAAUACGUUUUUCGAGGUAAAAUCGAUAUCCAAUCAAGUCUGGAAGUUUCAGAGGUAUCAACUCAUCAUGACUUUCCAUGAAAGGCCAGUUCUGCCCCCACCACUCAUCAUCUUCAGCCACAUGACCAUGAUCUUCCAGCACCUGUGUUGCCGAUGGAGGAAACAUGAGAGCGACCCUGAUGAAAGGGACUAUGGCCUGAAACUCUUCAUAACUGAUGAUGAGCUUAAGAAAGUACACGAUUUUGAAGAGCAGUGCAUAGAAGAAUAUUUUAGAGAAAAGGAUGAUCGAUUCAACUCAUCCAAUGAUGAGAGGAUACGGGUGACCUCAGAAAGGGUAGAGAACAUGUCCAUGCGGCUAGAGGAAGUCAACGAGAGAGAGCACUCCAUGAAGGCUUCGCUCCAGACCGUGGACAUCCGGCUGGCACAGCUCGAGGACCUCAUUGGGCGCAUGGCCACGGCCCUGGAGCGCCUGACAGGUCUGGAGAGGGCAGAGUCCAACAAAAUCCGCUCGAGGACCUCAUCAGACUGCACGGAUGCAGCCUACAUCGUCCGCCAGAGCAGCUUCAACAGCCAAGAGGGGAAUACCUUCAAGCUCCAAGAAAGUAUAGACCCUGCAGGUGAGGAGACCAUGUCCCCAACUUCUCCAACCUUAAUGCCCCGUAUGCGAAGCCAUUCUUUCUAUUCUGUCAAUGUGAAAGACAAAGGUGGGAUAGAAAAGUUGGAAAGUAUUUUUAAAGAAAGGUCCCUGAGCCUACACAGGGCUACUAGUUCCCACUCUGUAGCGAAAGAACCCAAAACUCCUGCAGCCCCUGCAAACACCUUGGCCAUUGUUCCGGAUUCCAGAAGACCAUCGUCAUGUAUAGACAUCUAUGUCUCUGCCAUGGAUGAGCUCCACUGUGAUAUAGACCCUCUGGACAACUCCAUGAACAUCCUUGGGCUGGGUGAACCAAGCUUUUCAGCUACAGUACCUUCCUCAGCCCCUUCAAGUAGCGCUUAUGCAACUCUUGCACCCACGGACAGACCUCCUAGCAGGAGCAUUGAUUUUGAGGAUGUCACCACUAUGGACACUAGAUCUUUUUCUUCAGAUUAUACCCACCUCCCAGAAUGCCAAAACCCUUGGGACUCAGACCCUCCAACAUACCACACCAUUGAGCGUUCUAAAAGCAGCCGCUACCUAGCCACUACGCCCUUUCUUCUAGAAGAAGCCCCCAUUGUGAAAUCGCAUAGCUUUAUGUUUUCUCCUUCCAAGAGCUAUUAUGCCAGCUUUGGGGUGCCUAUGAAAACAGCAGAAUACACAAGUAUUACAGACUGUAUUGACACAAGGUGUGUGAAUGCCCCCCAAGCGAUUGCAGAUAGAGCCACUUUCCCUGGAGGUCUUGGAAAUAAAGCUGAGGACUUAUCUUGCUGCCAUCCUGAGCGAGAAGCAGAGCUGAGUCACCCCAGCUCUGACAGUGAGGAGAAUGAGGCCAGAGGCCGGAGAGCCACCAUCACAAUAUCCUCCCAGGAGGGCGAUAACUCAGACAGAACCCUGUCCAACAACAUCACGGUUCCCAAGAUAGAGCGCGCCAACAGCUACUCCGCAGAGGGGCCAAGCGCAGCAUCUGCACACACCAGGAAGAGCUUCUCCAUCAGUGACAAACUCGACAGGCAGCAGCGUAACACGGCAAGCCUGCGGAAUCCUUUCCAGAGGAGUAAGCCCUCCAAGCCGGAGGGCCGAGGGGACAGCCUGUCCAUGAGGAGACUGUCCAGAAUGUCAGCUUUCCAAAGCUUUGAAAGCAAGCACAACUAAACCUUCCACAUAUGUGUUGCAGGAGGCUCAAGAAUCCAGCCCUAAAACCCUCCCCGACCCCACGUUUUCUCCCCUUUCCUUUAAUCAUAUCUGCUUUAUUCCUAGCUGAGCAAAACAAGCAAUGCUUUGGGAGGUAUUAACUCAAAGGUGACUUCUGGGCCACAGAUCAAGAAAACAUUUGAUCUGACCCAGUGACAAAAACAGGGGAUUUAAGGCAUGUUCACACUGCUGGGUAGGGAGGGGGAAAGAAGGGGAGAAGAAGGGUUAGAGCUGAAUGAGUGUCACCAGUCUGUACAGGGAGCCAUGAGAGCUGGGGAACCAAGGGGCUUCAAGGACUCUCCAUGCCAGGAGGCAUCUUGAUUUCUGCCCGUUAUCCAGAGUCUUAGGAUGCAGGGCUGAAUUGCAAAAUAAAAUAAAAUGGCCAGCAUACAAAAUGAGAUAUUCUAAACUUCCAUUCUGUUUUCUUUUCACAUUGGCUCCAUCACUGGUGACUGAUGAAGAGCAUCCUUUUUAUUCAGUGUAAGGCGGCAGCAAGCAAUUCUACCUAACGUCCCACAUCCUUCUCAUGCCAACACUUCUGUAAUUGAUCAUUAUAAAGAAAAACAAGGUAACAGUCAUAGUUCACCUGUCUCUUAUCUAUUCACUUCUGGUGCCACAACUGUUUAUCUUUUUUGAAGAAAAUAAUAAGGGAACAGAAAUGCCUUUUUUUGUAUUGCAAUCAGAAUGAAAGAAGAGUUGAUGUUGAAAACGAAAGUCAAGUGAUUUAUUAUGAUACAGAGCAAAUAUAGUUGAGCAAGCUCAGGAUGAAUGUAAUUAAAUAAUUUUAUAUUUUUUAAUUUAUUUUGUAUCUCACCUGUCAUCAAUGGAUUCCCUCCCUGUAUAUGUAAUAUUGAACUUAAGAACAGUGAACAGAAUUAACCUAAAAUUGCCAUGUGGGAUAGCGUUAAAGGCUCACCAUUCAUAUCUAUGUUCUGCUGCUGUGUGACCUUCCUCAUUUGCAUGAGUCCCCCAUGUCCUCUGAACACCUCCAAGAUGUAAUGUAACUGCCAACUUUUCACACUACUCAUCACAAGACCAUUUUGUAUAUGAAGAUAUGGUUAUAUGUGGAUAUUUUCAUACCUAGAGUUUUGCCAUCUAAUCUGAGCUCAGCAUAAAUUUAAUUGGAGUUUUUCAAGGGCUGGUAUCUUUUCUAUGGAAAUGUUCCAAAGUACUUUUUAAGGAAGUUUCAAAGCUAUAAAUAACCUUAGAAUUGACUGGAAGUUUGGUAUCCGCCCAAAGCCAUCAGUUGCAGGCAAACCCUGAAUAUUUUUCUUAUAGAUAGAGCUAUUUAAAAAAGAUACAGUAAAACAAAAUAGAAAGCAAAUAAACCAUAUAAAGAGUUCUAUACUAUAUACUGCCUAUAUACAUAUAGACACAUUUACACAGAGGCACAGGUUUAUAUUAAUAUAUAAACAGACAUACAGAGCUUUCUAAAGAGGCCUGGACUUUUCUAUCACCUUGAAGUUUAACCAAGAUUUUGUAAUAUACAAGAAGUUCCAUUGAAAGAAUUCAUUAAACUAUUAGACCAAAUGUUGAAAUUACAAUGUUUUUUUAAAUUCCUAAGACCUUAGCUUUUCCUCAUACCAAAUUAGAGUUGUCAAAACAACUUGCCCUACCUGCCCUCUGCCCACUUUUGUCUGAAAUCCCUCACCAUCAGGACAUCUCAUUUAUUCUGGAUUUUCCUGCAAAUACUGCAUAAGGCUUUUACACCAAGUACAAAUCGGAAUAGACAUGGAAUCUUAAGCCAGUUAGUAUUGGAGACUCUAGAAGAUAGGUGCAGGUUUCUAGAUCAGAAUCUAGAUUUUAAAGCAGGGUAAAGAAAUCUUAACUCCAAACUAGAUUCUUAUUUGGAUCAUUGAAGAUGAAAAUAAAAUAGAGCCUUUAAGGAAAAUUACUUAAUGUUCCUGACCUAAGAUACUACUUGGUUCUUUUAUUUAUUUAUAAUUGAAAACACCAAGUUUUAUUUCGUUUUGUGAAAUCAAGUAAAUAUAUAGAUAAAACCUCUAGCCUUUAAAUACAAACACAAAAGCAAACAAAAGAAACCCUACUAAACAAGUUUUGAGGUAUAGAAAGAAUGAUGAGGUCACAUAUGUAAAGACUUAAAGAAUUCCUUUAGGUCAAUUGAUAACAAAUCCCUCAUUCAUAAUUGCUCUAGAAACAUUUAACAUUAUGUUAGACCCCAUAUUGGCUAUUAACCUUCUCAGCAAACAUGCAUUUGAUCUGAGAAUAAACCUUUUGUUCUUAAACUUCAUUGAUUAUGAACCCUUGUGAGGAUCUGAUGAAAACUCUGGGCCCUUUCCCCAAGGGAAAAAAAAAAAUGUACAUAUAUGUGAAAUAUGGGUUACCCUAAAAGGGUUCAUGAGCCCAUGGUUCCAUAUUGAUUGAUAAAGAGGAGAAGGAAUCAUGUUUGUUUAUAAUCAGUAUGGUUGUAAGAGGCACUUUACAUUGUGAGACCAUUUCUCUGUGAUUCUCAGGAAGGCCUAGGCUCAGCAUCAGAGUUAGAACCAAGAUUCCAUCAUUUUCAUUCUAGACGUUGCUAGUUUGAUGUACUUACAUCCUAACGUUUUGAUGAUUUUAAGUAGCAAGCACACUCACAAAGCCGGAGGCUCUCUGAGAGAGUCUAGAGAGGAAUCCAAGAAGGAGGUGAAACCAUUAUUCCUUGACAUCAUACACCUCCAGGGCCUCAUUCUGGACCACAGUGGAAGUGAGGAAAGAAAUUACAAGCAAGAAUGUUUCUAUUCGUCGUGAUUUCGGAGGGAAAGGAACAGGACCUGGGAAACUAAAUACUUAACAGUCCUGAUCUUGUGAUUACCUGGUUCUUUUGUGGUGCAUGACAAUUCAGUUCUGACAUCUUUUGUGAUGUGUGUGAAAUAUAUAAGUUAAAUUUGAAUGACUUUAGACACCAAACGUGUAACUUCCAUGAGCCAUUUCUUUCCCGUGUACAUACAUGUGUGUUAUUUUUCAACCCAUUUCUGUCCAUUUCCGGGCUCUCUGCGCAUUGAUGUGGCAUUGAUUCUGUGGCCUUGUUCAGUCAGCUUAUGCCUAGCCCAUUGAUCCCACCACAUCCCUGACGGAGGGGAUGUUAAUUACCUGUCUCUGUGAAUUAAGCAGCUCGUGAUCUGCAAGUUAUUGAGGACCAUAAAUAAAGUCAUAGAGAGCUCAAGGAACUAAUAACUUUGGUUUAAUCAUCUGCUUCCAAGGUGCCAUUUUUAUAUACUACUAUAUGUAAUGAUUUGUUCUAAAUUGCUUUUUCCUUUUGAAAAAAAAAUUAAGAAUGUUUUAUGAAAAUAACCAUGGAGCUCUCCUGAUUAACUAACACACUUUAUAUUUAUAGUUUCCCUCCUUGCUAGAUUUGAAUGAGGAGCUGGAAAGCUUGUGUAUAAUUGCCAUGGCUAGUUGGUGUAUCUCUGCCAGCCAAAAGGUAUAUUAGCAGUCAGAAUGCAGCACUUUAUAGAACUGGAUUUUUUCUAAGCUUCCAGGUCUAGUAUAUUAUUUAGCACUUUGAAAGUUUCCCCUUUAAAAAUAUAUAUAUAAGAAUAACCAGAUGGGAAAAAUGUACUCGUAAAAACACAAAAUGUGUUUCUUCUGAAUGUUUCAAGUAUAUUCUAAAAUAUUGUUUCUAUAGGUAAUAUUUUGGUAGAUAACUGGAUAGUACUUUUUGUUUGUUUUUAUUUUUAUUUUUACUUUCUGAGGCUGUGCAGUCUAACCUUCCUCAAUGUUUGGGAUGUUUAAUUUCUUUAAAGAUAAUAAAUAUUAUCCAGUCAUCCAUCAUGCUUUAUCUAUAGGCUAUACCAUUCCAUAUGUUGGGCAAUGCUGUAUUAUAGAACACAUGUAAACUUAUAUGUAACCUGUGUUUAACCCAGCAUAGUUGUAGCAUGUGGUUGUAUUAAUGAACGUUACAGGACAGCUUUAUAAUCAUUUACAAAUCUGUAACAUUCAAUAAAGAAGCACAUGUUGCAAGGAUUAUGUUCCCAAUUCCGUGUUAUUUAGCAUCCUUGUGAAAUGGGCAUUUUUGUUCCUGAUUUGCGUUAUGCUUUUCACAUUUCUGUAGGCCACUGUAAAAUAUUUGCAUAAGCUGAUGUAUAUCCCCCCAGUGAGUCCUGCGAGCUGUGGUUGGCAAGUUGUAAUUUUUUGAAAGAUGAAACUGGCAUGUUGUGCAAAUGACUAUAUGACAAAAGAACUUAAAAUAAUACUCCAGUUGAAUUAGCUGUUUGUUUACAUCUGCAGACCCAACGUGGAAGCAGUGUACAGUGUUUUAUAAAUAUGUUCAUUUAGUAACACUCUGUCGUUUCUAGAUAAAGUGUAGGUGGUUCUAUACUUGGCCUAGAUAUUGUAUUAUAACUCACUAUCCUUUAACAAUAGCAAUGUGACUUAAAUGAAGUAAUCCCUCUCCAAACCCAGUCUUAAUUUUGUGUCAACAAAAUGCAUGCACUGCUUUCUGCAUUUCUUUUGACUUUUCUAAGGCACUUAAUAUUUUACUAUUGCCUGCUGUGAUGCUUAAGCCAGUUAGGAACUCACUGAAAUGGUUGGGCUUCUGACACUGGGGGUUAUGUUUAAUUUUUAAGAAUUAAAAACCAAAAAAAAAAAAAAAAAACCAAGGAUUUUUUAAAUCUUUUUUGAAGCUCUAAACAAACAAUAUGAAAUAAAGUAUUAACUGAAGGCUGUGGGACCCAGAGAAGCAAAGCCAACACCACUUGGGUUUACCAGGAUCUAGGUGUUGUGCCUCUGUGAUAUAAGCAAGUCAUGUUUCUGAUUAUUUAGGGCUACUGGGUGCAAAUUGCUAAACCAGGGAUGAGAGUAAGAAGUCCAUUCAUAGAAUGCACAUGUCAUUGUAAAUGAGUGGCCCGAUGGUACCACGUGAGACCUCCCUCCUUGUCUGUGGCUUUCUCUGCUUGAGGGUGAGCCUGGCCUGAGGGUGGAAGGCUUGAGACUGAGUGUCUAAGCAAGCAUGGGGUGACUCUAAAGAGUUUACCUUUUAAAGAAAUCACCAUUUCACUACUAAAAGCCAUUCAACAUCUGGGAAAGAGAAGAGCCAGUUUGCACAGUCUUGUAAAUAACUGCUCCUAAAAUGAAGAGAGAAAACUUUUCUCUCAGCCUGCACUAACCUAAGCUUUCUCUUCUUUGUACAAGUCAAACAUUCUGUCUGUCUCUCGAAUUAGAGUCAACCAAAGAAAGAGUUGGUUCUGAUUUGAGGAAAAUAAGAUUUUUCUUUUUUUUUCUCUAACCUGUUUCAGAAGGUGGUUGUGUUACCUUUUCUCUGAUGAUUUCCUUACCCUUAGCACUGAUAAUCAAAGCAAGAUGUGACCAUGUCUACAUGUCAUCUAAGAGAGAAUUUCAGUGACCAGAUAACCCAGGUGGCAGUAACAGUGAGGUAAAUUUUCUCUUCCCCAAUUUACCUAGUCUACCAGCCACCUUAAGCCUGCAGGCCAUUGUACAUGUGCACAAUGUUGUGUGCUGGAAAGUGAAAAGACACAUGUAUGGCUAGACUUCCAUGGGCUUCCUACAGUACCAACGCCAACCGUGACACAGGCCUUCCUCUGAGGAGGCAGGCUGCCAAGACUGGUAGGACACAGGGAAAUUCAGCCUCAUGCCUGGCUGUGUGGGGGUGUGGCUUUCUUCAUUCCCUCUACUUUCUUCUUUUCUCUUGGUCCAAUAGUAGCUGCUUUUUUGCCAGCGCAACAGACUCUUACUCCCAUUAAUUACCCAAUACCUGGUGGACCCUCCACAAUCAGCCGAAAUAUGAACCACUUGGAAACAGCCAAAUACUCAGACUUUAUCCCAGGGCUAAUCUUCUUUCCUAGCCUCCUCUUGACUCCACCCCUUGCUCCUAACUUGGCUGGUAUUUACAUCUGUCUUAUCCAACUCUUUGUCCAUCUCUGUUGCAUAAGAGUCCUUCCCAUCUUCCCACACAUGAUCAGAACCAGCCACCUGCAUCUAGAUUGAGGAGUUGAAACUCAAAUUCAUCGAGGGGCUGGACCCAGAACACCAAUGUGUGAAUUGGACCAGGGAAGGUCAACAGAAGUAGGCUGUACAGGGCGUGAGAGAAUGCACGUCCCACCACAGAGACUUUCAAAUUCACAUUCCCAAACACUGUGCUAGCCAAACAAAUAUGUCUGCCAGCAGCAUUCAGUCCCAAAGGCAAGAGUUUGGGACUUCUGAUUUUGAGCCAACCAGGAUCAGAUUCUCAAUUGUGACUUAGUGUACACAUGAAAUACACUGAGAGCAGAGGGGGAGGAAAGAAACUCACCCUAUUCGAGGUUACUCUUGUUCUCCUGAGUGAUAUCUGCAUGUAUAUUUGUAGCCACAUCAUUCUAGCCUGAAAUGCAGGAUCUUUGUGAGGGAGAUUCAGAAGAGUACCACAGCAUGAUGUGAAGACUUACCUGCUUCCUGUCACUACGAUAUCUGACCUGAGUUUCUGUUGCUGCUACGGCUGUGUGAAACAGUAUCUGCAGUAUACUGUACUUGCACCCUUUUCAUAAUGUAGGACUUAGACUCUCACUUGUAAACCUUCCAACCAUAGUUUAUAAUGGGAGAAAGUAUUCACAUAGCAUUUUUACAUGAAUUCCUACAAUGAUUUUGAAAUUGGGUUUGCUAACUCUAUAUACAUCUUUUCCUUCUUCGUGUAUGGACAGACAGUGGUUUGCAUAUCUAUUAACACUAUAAAUAUAUAUAUAAAUCCUUAGAAGAAUUGUUCUUUUUUAAAGGUCUAUUAUUGGAUUCACAAUGCACUUUGAGCUUGUUUGUUUAGAUAUAUAAUUCAAAGCAGAAGUUGGCAGAUACCAUGGGAAAACUUUCUGAAAUUUCUGUAACAAAUGUUUUGCAAUAAAAAAAAAAAACUCAGUAGAUUAAAACA